GGCGGGGGAGCGAACUGUUGUGGUGCGGUGUGUUGGGCGGGCGGCGGCCGGGUGGCCCAGGGGCUGCCGCGGGACUCGGGGCGCAGCCGAGCGGCUGCAGGGGUGGAGCGAGCCGGACGCGCCCCGGGGCCCGGGCGCCGCGGGUUCGAGGCCGGGUCCCGCGCGGGGAGGCCGUGCCACCCCGGCGGAGCUGCCCGGCGGCGAGUUUGCCCCGCAGCCGAAAGAAGGCGGGAGCCGGCGGGGGCCCUCGAAACCCCCUGGCAAGCCGGGCCCGGAGUCCCCAGGGAGCGGCUGCUUCCUGGGACGCCCUCCCGGACGCCCCCGCCGAAGGGUAACGGUUCUGGGCCCCCGGCAGAAGGCGCCUCCGGGUGACCCCCGGCGGGGCCCUGCGAGCCGCGGGAGCCGACCCCGGGGCCUCGAGCGGGGAGGAAGGGGCUUUCCGGAGGCGCGGGGCCAGGGACCGAAGAAGCCGGAGCGCAGCGGAGCAGAGCCGGGCCUCCUGGGCGCGGGGCAGGGCAGCGCCUGGUCUGGAGACGGACUCCGGGACCCUCGGGUGCGGGGGCCUCGGCGACCUGCCCCGCGGGGCGCGCGGCCGCGGAGUGGCCUACUGGGGAUCCUCCCGCAGAGGGGCCGGCCCGGGGCGGGGAGAUGAACGGCUUUAGCACGGAGGAGGACAGCCGCGAAGGGCCCCCCGCCGCCCCCGCCGCCGCCCCGGGCUACGGCCAGAGCUGCUGCCUCAUCGAGGACGGCGAGCGCUGCGUCCGGCCCGCGGGCAACGCCUCCUUCAGCAAGAGGGUCCAGAAGAGCAUCUCGCAGAAGAAACUCAAGCUGGACAUCGACAAGAGCGUAAGGCACCUGUAUAUCUGCGACUUCCACAAAAAUUUCAUCCAGAGUGUACGAAAUAAAAGGAAGAGGAAGACAAGUGACGAUGGCGGAGAUUCUCCUGAGCACGACACUGACAUUCCUGAGGUUGACCUGUUCCAGCUGCAGGUGAACACUCUACGGCGUUAUAAACGACACUACAAAUUGCAGACCAGACCAGGCUUCAAUAAGGCCCAGUUAGCAGAAACUGUCAGCCGACACUUCAGGAACAUACCUGUGAAUGAAAAAGAGACCCUCGCCUACUUCAUCUACAUGGUGAAGAGUAACAAGAGUAGACUGGACCAGAAAUCGGAGGGCGGCAAGCAGCUUGAGUGAGGAAGAAGCGCAUCAAGGAACAAAGUAUGAUGCUUAAUGCACAGGUGAUAUCUGCCACGUUUAGGCCCAUAAAGACUGUUAAAUUUUAUUGUAAAUAAAGAAGUUUGAAUGAUGAA